AUGUCAAAGCCCCGUAUCGUUGAUCCAAAGGCCAUCAAGGCCUUUGGCUUGACGCAGAUCUAUACCCCGCGCGAUGAUCCAACGAUCGAUAUCGUCUUUGUUCACGGUCUGAACGGACAUCCUCAUGACUCCUGGACCAGCAAAACCACCGGUUGCUUCUGGCCGACGGACCUUCUCCCGGACGUGCUUGCCUCCCAGCGUCCUCGCAUUCUGACUUAUGGCUACAAUGCCAAUGUCACUGCUUUCACAGAUGGAGCUUCGCGUGAUUCCGUCGUCAGCCAUGCUGAGACUCUUGCGUCCAGUCUCGCUGCGAAUCGAAAUUUGCGAGACUGCUCCAACCGUCCGAUCAUAUUCAUUUGUCACUCACUGGGAGGCCUGAUUGUGAAGCGGGCCCUCAUAUACUCCCGUAGUCUCUCAAGUGAGAAGACCGAGCAUCUACGCUCAGUCUAUGUUUCCACAUUUGGUAUUCUCUUCCUCGGCACACCUCACAAUGGAUCUGAUAUUGCAAAAUGGGGUUUGUUGCUGCACAACAUCUGCAAUGCUGUGCUCCCGAAGAAGUUCAUGGAGGCCUCUCCGCAACUUGUCAAAGCUCUGCGAACCAACAAUGAAACCUUGCAGCACAUCAACAGUCUCUUUGUUGAUAUCAUGGGCCGAUUCCACAUCUACUUUUUCCAUGAAACACAAUCCACCGAUAUGCAUGGUACCCGCGAGGUGAUCGUAGACGAGCACUCAGCUGCACCGUACAUGGAGGGUGUUGAGCGCGCGGGUAUCGAAGCUGACCACAGCCAUAUGUGCAAGUUUGAUGAUGACAACGCGGCGGGCUACGAGGUUGUGGCGGAGGCAAUUCUUCGGUACUCACGUCAGGCCCCUGCUGUGAUUACGGAUCGCUGGGUGGAAGAGAAGAACGCCCGUACUCAGGAAAAGAAGGCCAAGGCCAGGGAGAUUUAUGACGCCAGAAUAGAUGAUCCCCCAAAUCGAAGCAUGCCUGAAUUGAACGGAAAUGACCAAACCAUAUUACCUCCACCGCGUGGCCCUGCAACAGAAGGUCGCAACUCUCCGGUAUCUGAUCUGGGAAACAGUGGAACCCUGCAACUUUCCCAUUAUUCCAACAAGGAUUCGUCCCUAUUCGUCGCACCUCCGGGAUUUCACCCUAAUGCUACCUUCUUUGGAAUGGAGAAAGAACUUGAAGUAUUGCAUAAUCGGCUGUUCAAAGCCAAGGCCCGCCCCGAAAAGACAAUGGCCGUGCUGAUAUCCGGCGUUCCAGGCUCCGGCAAGACACAUCUAGCACGGCAGUACGUGUUCACUCAUCGUGAUUGCUAUCCAGGUGGCAUAUUUUGGAUUGACGCCAAGUCCCGUGAAUCGACCUAUAAGUGCUUUUGGGAGAUUGCACAAAAAGCCACACUGGUUGAACAGAAGUUGACCGUGAGCUCUGAAUAUUACGAGACUGAGAAGUACGUGAAUGCAGUCCGCCUCUGGCUCCAGACACGGAGAGACUGGCUCCUCGUCUUCGAUGGUGUUACUUUCGACCGCGACGAUGAUAUCAAUAAGUUCAGGGAGGUCUUGCCUUGGAGCAAGCAGUGCAGUAUCAUAUACACCUCGGUCGACACAACGCUGCGCAAAAAGCAGCGAUUGUACGAGCCUUAUUGUCUGAUGAUCUCGCGAUUACAAGUGGAAGACGCUUGCAAACUUUUGUUCAAAGAUCUUGGGAUUACACGAGCGACACCUGAGCAGAUCUCCAAGGCUACUCGGAUAGUUGAGCAUUACGAAUGUCUACCGUUGGCAAUCCAUGCAAUUGGGCAUCGUCUUAAUGCAACAGGUAAACCGAUUGAAAAGUAUCAUGUCAAAUCUCAAGUGACGGACAAAAAGCUCGCGGAGCCCUUUUUGAGCAUCAUGAAUGAUUUGUUUCGAUUGCAACAAAAGCAGGCGCUGCACUUAAUUAAUCUUCUCUCGUUUCUUGGCCACCAGGUGCCAGUGGGCCUUCUGAGCCUCGGUCGAGCGGCGAUGGCCGCUGAGAACCUGGAGAUCCAGACCAGCGCCCAAGCUGGAGAAGACCCCGAUCUCGAUACCACACUUGGUACUCUCAUUCACUAUGGAUUGGUUGAACGAAUUUCAGACGCCGACCUCUUUCAGCAAAGAUCAUCCAUGCAUCGCUUUGAGGGCGAUCAGACGAGCUCAGAUGUGAAGACUGUUCCAGAACUCUCAGAUUCCCUGACAGAGAGUAGUCAAGAAGGCUUUUUUUCCGUCUACAGCCGCGAAUCGGUGGUUGAUGUAGUCAAGAUUCACAGCGUUGUGCAGGGGUUCUGUCGCGAUGAGCUCCGAAUCAAGGAUGAGGAAAACAAAGGCACUAUGAGCAAAAGCGAUCCUGGUUUCUUUGAUACUUGGUUGAUUGUUGCCGCUCGCUUUUUGAUCACAUCGUAUGAAGGCGCUAUGGAGCGGAUGGCUCAUUAUGAAGACUGUGGCCUUGUCCGGGACUACCGAGAGUACGAAACUCACGCUUCACGACUGCUUGAGCUCUUCCCAAAGAAAGCAAUGAUUGAUCUUCAUCCACUAAUAGUUCGUGAGACACGAGAGAAUCUGCGGCAAUUGAUGAAGUUCAUAAGCAAAGAAAUAGCGAAUAUGUCUCCAAGCUCCUCACAACACUCUAUCCGGAACCAAAAAUCGGUUUUCGACAGGUCAAGCAGCUCAUCGUCAUCAUUCCGAGAUUCGUCAGCCGACGAAGGUCCAUCACGUCGGUCUACCUUUAACUGGAGUGAUCUCGGCUCACCUCGAGCGGAAUCCCCCGAGGAGAUCUCAAUGCCACCUCCCCGAUUCAGAUUGGAGCUUUUCCCACCACACAUAUUCAGACAGGACGGGUAUGAAUCUGAGGAAGGUUAUGAGACGGAUGGGGAAGCAACGGAGGCAAUUAGAAUCUCUCCGGCCAUGUCACAAAUGAGCCAGGCCACGGAGAAACCGACCAAAACACCUCCUUCUUCGAGUCCUCCAUCUACCACUGGUCUAUCGGAGUGGCAAGUGGUCAAUCGACACUCUAAGCCAUGGCCAUAUAAAGGGAAUCAAACAAAGAGGUGGAAUAGGAACACUCGUCGCUUCAGAGAUACCAAGAUUGACACCCCACUGGUCGAACUGUCCUCAGUUCAAGGAAAAGGAUCAUCAAGCCGCACAUCCGCUGCCAAAACGACGAGUUCUUUGAUGCUCGCCUCGGAGGCCGAGCAGGCGCUCGCUGCAGUGCGCCGGUCUAGUAGCUCUCAAGCGUCCAUUGAUGCUCCGCAACCCAAGGUCGUCUCUCCACCAGCAGAUAAAGAGAAUAUGCCAACGUAUGCUAGUGUGGCCACCCGGCGAAUGUUGGAGGUAGACCCUACUGUCAAACGCCGCCCUUCAUCCAUUCCAGUCUUGCAGGCUUCGGAUGCAGCAAGCGGUUUGCAUGCGAAUGGUGAUCUGCAGGGGAAACCGUCCACAGAAUCGCUCGACAGUGAAGCGGACUACACUUUUACGUCUCCACUAUCUCAUGAUGUGUCUGGAGAAUUGAUGACCGAGCCUCUGAGCCAAUCAACCUACAGUGAGCCCGAGUUUCAUAUGCCAAACUAUCAUCAAAGAGCAAGCCUGCACACCGCGCCUGGAUCUCGGGUUCCUUCUCGGCGUGCUUCAGUGGCACAUCUAGAGGUCCCACGAAAUCUAUCUGCAAGUGUGCCAUCCCUCCUUCCCUACCCACCACCGCUCCUCUACGAUGAGAACAUCGGCGUCGCUUUUUCAAGUCGCAGAAGAUCCUCUCAAUUAGCAUCCAGCUCAAUGACUGCCGCCGACGACCCUGGGCUUUCUUCUAUUGCUCAUCCAUCUGCAAUCAUGCCCGGCACAUUGCCGUUACCCAAUCCCAACAUACACCCAAUGGGAUCACUUCCAGAGCGCUCCGACCCCGAGCCAAUGUCGCGUAACUCUUCUGGGUACUCAAAUCAAUCAUGGGUCACGGAGCCCGUCCGGUAUCCACCGCGGUUCUCACCACUUCCAAGUUAUCAACAGGCCGCCGAGAUGUUUCCAAGCCCACCAGCGAGCAUGCAGUACCAACAACAGAUGCUCGCCGGUGCCGGUAGCUGGACAACCGAAUUACCCCUGGUGGGCAGUUCUCUCCAGCCAGAUCCCAACUACCCCAGUCCACCCUUGUCGUCUCACGGACAGCUCAGCUCCAUGGAUGAAAGACUGAAGUAUCCCGACCCGGGCUGGAACCCGGAUAUCGAGCCAGCGCGGUAUUUGCAUUUUGGCAGGCAUCGAGUCGAUGUACGAGAUGCGCGACACCGACUCCAUGGAUCGACUCGUCUGCUGCCCCCACACCCCCAGCAGUAUCGUCUCUAUCACCCCAAUCUGUCGGGUCCUUUAAUUCAACAUGACGGUCAGGUCUAUGCGUCUGCACCGCGCGUGGGGGUAUAUGGGAAUGGGACUCGAACGCGCAGUGGGAGCUCCCCUGCGCGCCCUAACUAUGCUGGUCUGGGUAUGCGGUUUUAA